ACUAUUCUUUCUCUCUUCAAGAAACUUCAAGACCUCGAUUCUGUUCCUAUUCUGUCGUCGUAUUCUUCGUCUCGUCCUAGAAACCUCAAACCCCUCAAAAACGUCUCUCGUCUCUCGUCUCAUUUUCGUGCAUUGGAUCUUCUCUCGUCCCUCUCGUCUUGUACUCGCCUUCAGAUAAGAAAAACCUCAACGCUCAACGACUCUUUCGCUCCUCACGUCCUCUCUCCGGUCACUACCACGAACGUCUCGGCUCUAUCUCACGUUUAGUGCUCGCCGUGCCUAGCUCUCAUCCUGCUCGUCUCCUAUCUCGUCUUUUCACUUUUGUCCCAGCGCCUCAUUGUCAACCCAACGUCUCUGCAUCAUGUCUGAUCCCGACCGUCGUGACGCUUCCCGUGGCAGGCUAUCAAGGCUCCUUAACAUUCCCAGUUCCAUCCACAGCCGUUCCAGCAGCCAACAGCCCGUCCCCACCGGCACUACUUCGGCUGUCAAUACCCCUGACAAUACCCCUACCCGUGCACCUUCCCCUGCCGUCAUUGGCACCAAUGCCCCAGGUACUACCCCUGGGCUUCAAGGUUCUGUUGCUAGUGCUAGCCACCAAGCACAGUCCUACAUCAUAGACCACAUCACCGCUUCUGCUCUACCCAAGGGCAAGUUCAUUGUCGAGAUCACUUUCAUUGGUGAUGUCUCCAAGAGGACUAAGUCUAAGGAGUCCAAGGGUGGUGAAUCAAGGUGGAACAUUGAGCCAUACUCAUUGUAA